AUGGAACUACAACUAUUGAAAGGUGUAAACCUUUACGUUGCCCUCGGGGCUGUAGCCACCCUGUGGUUGCUGGCCAAAAUCAUCACCAUCUUUCGCAAUCCCCUCUCAAAGGUACCGGGUCCCUGGUACACGCACUUCACAGGCCUGCCGAACCAAAUGUCCAUGUUCAAGGGAUUCACACCCGGCCACGCCCACAAGCUACAUCAAAAAUACGGCCGCAUUGUUCGCAUCGGGCCCGACGAGAUUAGCAUCGCCGAGAUUGACGACAUCAAAAAGGUCUAUGGCCACAAGGAAACCUUUCUCAAGCACCCCGCCUACCGUGCCCUCGCGCCCAGCAAGGUCGACUCCAUGUUCAACACGAGCGACGUCGAUCUGCACCGCCGCUACCGCCGCCUCCUGGCCUCGCCCAUGUCCGAGUCUUCGCUCAAGUCGGCCAUUCCCGACGUUUACUCACGCGUCACCGCCGCUGUCUACAGGAUGGGCGAGGAGCUUCAGUCUCGCGGCGCCAUGGACGUCUACAAAUGGUGGUUCUUUUUCACGACCGACACUCUCGGCGAGCUGACAUUUGGCUCUUCGUUUAACAUGAUUGAGAGCGGCAAGAAGAACCAAUACUUUGAAGACAUACUCGCCGUCAACAAGUUUGGUGGCAUCCGCCUGCUCGUCCCCGGCCUCACCAAGCUCGCCCAGUACAUUACCAUUCCCAUUGUCGACAAUGCCGUCGCGGGCGGCAAGCGCAUGCGCGACUAUGCCAUGCAGUCGAUUGCGCGGCAAAAAGACGCCGUCCUCUCGGGCGACGCCAAGGCCAAGGACACGCUCUUCUCCAAAGUCUUCAAGGCAAAGGACGACGACACGCUGACCGAGGAGGAGGUGACGGUCAAUGCGCAGACGUACAUUGUCGCCGGCUCCGACACGACCAGCAACACGCUGACGUACCUGACCUGGGCCGUGUGCCGCCGCCCCGACAUUCGCGCCCGCCUCGUCGCCGAGGUCGCCGCGCUGCCCGACGACUUUACCGAGGCCGACACGCGCGAUCUGCGAUACUUGGAACAAGUUAUCGCCGAGACAAUGCGCCUGCACGCGGCCGCGCCUUGUUCGCUCGCUCGUGUCGUGCCCCCCGAGGGCGUUUGCCUCAGCGGCUACUAUAUCGAGGGUGGCACCACAGUCGGCUGCCAGGGCUACACCAUGCAUCGCGAUCGUGACAUUUUUCCCGAGCCUGAUGAGUUUAAGCCCGAGCGCUGGGAGAAUCCUACAAGGGCCAUGAAGGAGGCUUACAUGCCCUUUGGACGUGGCGCGAGAACUUGCGUCGGCUCGCAUCUCGCCAUGAUUGAGAUUCGUCUUGGUGUCUGCCUUUUUUUCCGGCAAUUUCCCAAUGCCACGGUUUCCACAAAGGAGGGCAUGUCGGAUGCGGACAUGGAAUCCAAGAUUUACUUUCUCAACAGCCCUGCUGGCAAGCGCUGCCUCAUUGAGGGUUGA